UGGAACACGCUGCAACAGCCUCGCCGAGCCGCCACCCGGCCCCUGCCCCUGCCCCGGGCUGCCCACGGCCGGGGCAGGGCUUUAUAUGCCGCCUGCCUGGCGAGGCGGCGCAGCCUUCGCUGCUGCCACCUCCCCUGCCGCUGCCACUGCGGCGGCACCAGCCUGUCUGGGUGCACGCGAGCCGGCGGGCUCCGGGUCCAGCGCCGAGCCCCCGCCCAGCCCUGCGCGGAGCAGCGCCUCUGAGCCCCGUCCCGCUCCCUCCCCCCUUCCCGCUGAUCCAGCCCCGCACCGGCCGCCUGCGCCUUCACAACUGCACCGAUUCAACAAGAUGGCGGGAUCAGUGGCGAAGAGGGACGCGCUGAAAAUAGAGGACGGGCAUUUAAACAACUCCUUGGGAUCGCCAGUGCAAGCAGAUGUGUAUUUUCCACGGCUGAUCGUCCCAUUUUGUGGACACAUCAAAGGAGGAAUGAGGCCAGGAAAGAAGAUCUUAGUUAUGGGCAUGGUGGAUCUCAAUCCCGAGAGCUUUGACAUCAGUCUGACAUGUGGGGAAUCAGAAGAUCCUCCUGCAGAUGUAGCCAUUGAACUGAAAGCUGUAUUUACAGACAAACAGUUCCUCAGAAACUCUUGUAUAUCUGGCGAAUGGGGCGAAGAACAAUCAUCAAUUCCUUACUUUCCAUUUAUUCCAGACCAGCCAUUUAGGGUUGAAAUACUUUGUGAGCACCCACGUUUUAGAGUAUUUGUGGAUGGACAUCAGCUUUUUGAUUUUUACCAUCGUAUUGAAACGCUGUCAGCAAUUGACACAAUAAAGAUAAAUGGAGAUCUUCGUCUUACUAAACUUGGCUGACCUAGUGAAAACUGUGGAUUCCAAACUGGCUCAGGUGCCAUCUUCUGUCUGGAAGAUCAGUGACAGCUGCGUUUGGACACAACUAUCAUAGGCAAGCAUCACUGUUUCUUUCCUGUGUGCAGUAAAGAAUAUGUUGAUGAAUUGAACGGAUAUUUAUCCUACUGAAGAAAGCUGUUGAUUUAUAGACACUGAGCCAUUUUUCUUCAGACUGACUAGCCCCUCCAUGCAGUAUAAUCAAAUUAGAAUGGAUUCAGAAAGAUUUACAGACUUGUCAUAAGUUGAAGCAGCUAUUAACCUUCUCAGAGAGAGGCAAUUUCUGAAACAAGUGCUAAAGCCAGCGAUUGAUCCACGAUUUAAAAAACAUUUUUUUUUCAAAUAGUUUCUGCACUGAAGUGGAUUAGUGUAGCACAGCACAGGGCCAAAUGCUGACAUCCUUAUCCAGGGCCUGAUCCUGUGUCCAUUUAAAUGAAUGGCAAAACUCCCAUUGACUUCUGUGGGUCAUGACUCAUGAUCAAACUUUGAGUUCUUCAGUUGAGCACAAUUCUCAUUGAUUUCUAUGAGUUUUGCCGAAGAAAGGGGCAGAUCCUCAGCUGAUGUUAAUCAGUAUAGUUCCAUUAACUUCAGUGGAAUUAGGCUGAUUUCUGCCAGCGGAAGAGGUGACUGUGCAAAAAUUGAGUAAGGGCUUCAGGAUUUGGCUUGUAUAUUUUAGUCAGGGUAUUUUGUAUAGAAUGUAGAUUGUUACAAGUUUUUGCACAAUGGAACGUUAAUACAGACUUUGACGCUUACUCGUAGUUUAUUUAUUUAUACUCAUCUCUGUAUGUAUUCUUAGUAAAAAUGAAUGAUUUUACUGACAGUUAAGAACAGCAAAGUAUACAUAUUUUGAAUGUACAAAUGUCUUAGAUUCUUUGGGUAAACUUGACAUAUCAUUA